CCUCUCAGCCUGGAUGUGAUUGUUCCAUAAACUGGUUUGCCACAGUUUGGUUAUCUCUUCAGCUUCAUCCCUACUUGGAUUCCCAACAACUUGAACAAAUGUCAUCAAGGUUCUUCCUUUUUUGGUAGUUUGCAGAAGCUCCUCAGGGUUAUCAGGAUUCAAUUCAUUGAGAUUCAGUUGUGGCAUGGGGCGAAGAUGUUCAGGUAGUUCAUCUUCAGGAAGGGGUUCUUCAUCUUCCUGUCAUGUGUUAUUAAUCGUUAUUUGCCUAACAAAGAUAUGUGCAUGCAUACCUCCCACUGAUCCAGCAGUCUCUCCAUGUCUGCAUCUGUGUAAUCUCUUAUAUCUUUUUUAGCCCAGUCUGGUUUCUUUUCAUCUUGAGAUUUUUUAGCAAACGUUGAAGUUGAAGAAAUGUAAAAUAUUAAGAAAAUCAACAAAAAUUUCAUGUUUUGGUUCAAGAGUAGGUUUUCAGUUAUAAAAGUAGCCCCUGAAGUUGGUACUUUUUACCGUUUUGAUUCCUGGACAUAUCACUGUAAAAUAAAAAUGGGCUGCACAUUCACAGUUUCGACAGGUGACAGUUAAUUUUAACAAUCUGAGCUGUCAGUUGUCAUUUUAGCCCCUCCCCCACAUGUUGACUGAUGGCGGUGUCGGGUGUACUCGUUCUUUUCUGUCAACAAUAUAUUUUAUUAUUAUGAUUUUGUAUUCUCCAAGUGUAAUGAUUUAUUCAGUGAAUUUCAUUUGAGAAUAUCAGUCAUACCUACUCCUAGUAAUACCCAUCAGUAAUAUGCCCGAAUUGUCAAGAUCACCUUCCAAUGAUAAGACCAUCAGGGGCCACAAGGUUUCUUCAACAUACCUGUGGAAUAUCCUGUUUGAAGACAUUUCCAAAGAGUGGAUUAGCUUCAAACCUACAUUAGGCAUACAUGUGUACCCCUGCUAUUCCUGCAGACAUAUGUUUUCAUCCCUAAGAUCCCUGCAAGACCACGUCAAUAGGAGAAUCAUUUUACUGAAGUACAACUGUGCCAUAUGUUUGGAGAAACAAAUAUUUUACAACAGAUGUUCGUUCUUACUACACGCUCGCACUCAUUUCGAUUUGGAUCAGGGACACAUCAAUCUAUCCGACAUAGAAAUACAUCCGUUACCAAUUCACCUCGCUGGAUUUCUUCCCUACCAUGGUAUUGAACCAUUAUACAGAGAAGAAGAAGAAGAAUUAAUCGCUAAUAAUGUUUACAUCAACGCACAGUUUUACAGUCCUGACUUUAUCCAAAAAGGGAAAUCACAGAUUGUACUAACACCCAGUGAUUUGCUAUUCAAACAAAAUUCUACUACAACACUCGGAUUGAAACAAAUAUGCAAAAACCUACCGAAAUGCGAGUUCAUCACAUUAGAGGAGCAAAACAACUUGAGAAAACAGACUUUCCUAGUCGAAAGUCUAAUCGAAGAUAACUUCGAAAUAAAAAACGAACCGAGCGAUUAUUGCGACCAGGUCACCCUUCCCAUCAUUUCCAAAGUCGAAUCCCUACAAGAUAAAGCCGACGACCUGCCUUAUUGUUUAGACUGCAACGUAAUGCAAGAAGGUACGAUGGCUGAGCAUUAUCAAGGCGACAAUAGGCCAACUGACAGUUCCUUGUGCUGUUCAAAAUGCAAGUUCAUAGCGUCAACCAAGUGUUCUCUGCGUGCCCACGUUAGAAUACACAGCGGUGCUGCCCCACACAUAUGUCCAGAUUGCGGCGAAAACUUCGACACCUACGACCAAGUGAACAGCCACAUGAACGAAGUCUGUUUCCACCUCUCGAAGAGUGUGAGGUUCAGAUGUCCCGGGAAAAGAUGCGGUAAAUUGUUUGCCACCCCUACUACCUUCGCAGCUCACUUUAAAAUACACUUUAAAUGCAUGUACACCUGUUGCUUGUGCAAAUCUGUGUUCCUGAAGACUGAGGAAGCUGCGGUACAUGCUGCUACUCACCAGGAAAUCUGCAAAUUCCGCAGGGAAUACGAAUGUACACUUUGCCAGGAUCUGGGGACUCUCAAUGAAUCUGGUUUCGAGGCACAUUUAGAGUAUCAUACAACGGACACAGAGAGAUGCAUGUAUGCGUACAUGUGCAAAAAUUGCCGCAGUUAUUUCCGUUCAACCUUAACCUACGCGGUGCAUUUACUGAAAUGUAAUGAUAAAGGAAAGGCUGUCACCCAGCCGAGUAAAUCCAGCACGAAGUAUGUAACAGCGGACUGCGAGAUAUGCCACAACAAAAUCAUUUACCCACCUGACAAGCCGGUGAAGAGCUGUUGCAGAUGCCGGUCGCAGCAGAUACAACCGAAGCUAACCACGAAAAGAUACUACUGCAUAUUGUGCAGCCAACAAAUCCAGUUCAAGGAGAAAAUUUCCCACAUGAAAGUGUGCCGGUACGCACGGCCUAUGGUCGUCCUAGACAAGAUGGUGUCGGAUGAUUCGUUCCAGUCUUCCAAUGGCGACAUCUCACCUUCGCGCAGACUGUCUCUAAGGCGAUCGGGAGACCGAGGCGAAGAAAACCAGAAGAAGAAACGGAAAAGGUAUCACGUGCCGAGUCAUAGUCGCAGGAAAGUGAUGGAGCCCGAUUUGACAGCGGAAAAACCUGUCCUGUUCGACGGAGUUUACAACUGCAAGGCUUGCGAGUUUACCAGCACCGAACGAGCCGACUUUCACGUUCACAUCAAGACCCACAGGGACAUUUCCACUGCUUAUCAGUGUAUGGAGUGCGGGGAGUGUUUCGUCGUGAAGCCCUCGCUUUACAAGCAUUUGAUGCACUUUCACAAUAUUUCGGACUACCAGUCCUACUUGCAGGAAAAUGACUGUUAUGACGUGGACGCGGUACAAGAGUUGGAGAACACUAUGCGUUUGGCACCUGGUGAGUCUAAGGAACCAGUGCGCGAAAAUCAGUGUAGGGUCUGUAGAGUACAAUUUGAGGAUAGUGCGGCGUUGAAUAUUCAUUUCAGGAUUCACGGUAUGGCGUUCCUUCUCAAGAAUGCUAAGUAGUGCAAUUGGUAAGAGUUUGUUAGUUUGAAUGAUCAGGCUAUUUUUUUACAAAAAUUGUUCAUUAUUAGAAUUAGAUUGUAGUUAUUGGAUAUGAAGAAUGAUUUAUAACAUAAUUUUGAACUCUCGUUUAUUGUAAAAUCUCUUACAAAAUAUUUAACAUUCUUAUUGUUGACAGUUUAGUUUUAUUAUACAAAAAGUACAUUUAUAAGAUUCAACACGUUUAUGGUCAUUUUCUCCCAAUACCCAAAAUCCAGAUGAAGGUGUACUUAAGACAGUGCAAAGCAUCUGUUAGUUAGAAAAUGAUCAUUGGAAUUAUUGAGCGAAAAAACAUUAUGAUGAUCAAUAGGUAAUAUAAGUAAUACAAUCUCCAUCCAAUACAAUAUCAGAAGCAAUUAACAAAACAUACCGCAAUUUCAAUUUAUAUUGGCGACACAAAAGGUCUCUAGUGGCAGAAUUUUGAACAACCUACGAACGAUCCUCACCUGUCGCUGUCAACUAAAUGGCUUAUGUUUAGCGGUGGUGUCACAUUGUCUUUUCCCUCAAUUUACAAUCCACCGAUAUAACAUGUAUCUAGUUCAAGUCCAGAUAACUAUUCAAGUCAAAGUGUCAAAUAUCGGUCAGAUUCCAAAUUGUGUCACUAGAUGCACUAGUGUAAUAUUUGCCUUACCAAUAAACUAAGGGCUUAAUGCAAUUCUACAGAUACAUAUCAAAAUGAAAUUCCUGUAUGGUUAUGCUAUAGUUGGCUGUUAUCUGCCAACAAUUUUUUCUGAACCUCAUUUCUAGGAAACAUAUCCUGUAGUUUUGUCUUGAUUGGAAUAUUACUUCAACAAUAAGAUAAAGAAACGACUAGAUGACGUUUAAGACACUUACGCGUUUAUUAAUCUAGGUUAGGGAUGACAUACUUCCCAUGAUUGUCACAAAAGCCUGGUUCAGUGACGAACAUAGAAGUCCUGCCGAGUUUUCUUUGAUUAGCUUGUCCUAAAUUUGAAUGUAGUAUGAACAAAUCUUAUGAGUCUGCUAUAAAAAAUAAUCCAUGUUCUUUGACUGCCCAAUCACAAUUUCAUUAACCCACACAAACAAGAAAAUUCGAAGACUUAGAAAAACGACAACUUCCACGAGACUAAAUUGGCCCGAAAACUAGAAAAUAUCACAAAAUUCAUAUAAAAUUCAUGAUCUAUAUUGACAAUUACAUGACAGCAAGAUGCAACAUAUAUGCUGUUGAGUAGUUGUCAUUGUCAUUUAGGUAAAAUAUAUAGUUGCUGUACAAUAAGUAAAUUAAACUUAUUUUUCAUACCAACAUAGAUAUUGAGAAUCUUUGGAAUUUAUUCGAGAAAAAUGAUAACACAACACAAUGUCUGGUUAUAUAUAAAAUUAUUUUGAAAUAAAUAGAGACCAAUUAAUAAAUAAGUUAGAAUAAAACUAAAAGAGAUUCAUCAAUGACUUAGGCUUCCUCAUGUGCAGCAAAAAAUAUUUUCUGGGAGAUGAGUGUUAUAUUAU